AUGGCUUGUGGGUCUCUUCAUCUGUUCUUUCGAACAGAAAUUAAUUGCAAGGAAAUUGAGCUGGUCAAAUCAAGUGACAGAGUCCCACCUUCCUCCUCAGACACAGGAUUACAGAUAGUUCACAGUUCAAGAAAGCCUGUGGAGAACAUGCCGGCGAUCUUUGAUUAUCAUCUGCCCUCGCACUACUCUGCACAUACGAGUGUCGACUCCAAGAACGCAGUCACGAGAGGCAGUGGAAGAGGGAGGAGGAAGAAGAUAGGGAAGGGGGAAGCGCCGAGGACCUGGGCUGCCACGCCGUCGGCUUCAUCUCCGAGCUUCAUCUCCGACUUCAUCUCCGAGCUCACCCAUCCCGAGGAGCGACCGAGUGAACUAGGCGGAACGUGGGUCCUACAGGUGGACGGCUCGUCCGCUUCAACCGGCGCAGGCGCAGGACUAGUGCUGUCGGCCCCCGACGGGCAGACGUUCGAGCGUUCCCUCCGCUUCGGGUUCCAUGCCACCAACAAUGAAGCCGAGUACGAAGCACUCCUGGCGGGGCUCAGACUAUCCCGCGAAAUGCAGGUCGACGCCAUCAAAGUCCUCACCGAUUCGCAGCUGGUGACCGAGCAACUUAACGGCGGAUACGUGGCCAGAGAACCCGCCAUGGCAAAAUACGUAGCGGAGGUAAAAAACUUAGCCUCCUGUUUCGCACACUUCACGAUAUCCAGGGUGCCAAGACUACAAAACGACCGUGCCGAUGAGUUGGCCAAGCUAGCCUCGAAGCGACCCCCGGGCGCCACCCACGGGAUCGAGGAGCUCCCCUCCCCCUCUAUCCCGGUCGCGUGUGUUUCGGCGGCCGGCUCCCAAGCCACCUGGUUAGGGGACAUGCUGCGCUACAAACGCGACGGGACCCUCCCCACCGACGAAGCCGCAGCCCGACGUAUUCGCCGGAAACAUGCAUGGUACUCCGAAGCCAACGGCCGGCCGUACAAGCGGUCUUUCUCCCACCCUCUUCUACGGUGCCUCGAGCCAGAAGAGGCGGCGGUUGUCCUGGCUGAGGUCCACGAAGGGAUUUGUGGAGAGCACAUCGCCGGCCGGACCCUGGCCUGCAAGAUUCUCCGCCAAGGCUAUUACUGGCCCACCAUGGUCCAGGACGCGAUGGCCUACGUACGGAAGUGCGGCCCGUGCCAAAAGCACGCCCGGACCCCCCAACUACCGGCGGUCCCGCUCUCCCCCAUCACAUGCGCGUGGCCAUUCGCGCAAUGGGGGCUGGAUCUCCUCGGCCCCUUCCCACCAGCCUCAGGGCAGAGAAGAUACAUCGUGGUCGCAAUAGACUACUUCACCCGAUGGCCGGAAGCCGAACCGUUGGCGGCGAUCACCGAGCAGCAGAUCGAGAAGUUCAUAUGGAAAAACAUCGUGACCCGGUUCGGCCUCCCCAGGACCAUCGUCACGGACAACGGGACCCAGUUCUCCGGCAAAAGGAUUCAGGAAUUCUGCGCUAGCUAUGGAAUCCGGUUAAAACACAGCUCGGUAGCCCACCCCCAGACGAACGGACUAGCCGAGGUAACAAACCGAUCUAUCCUGGAUGGGCUCAAAAGAAGGGUAUCAGCUUCCCGAACGGCCUGGGUCGAGGAGUUACCCAGCAUCUUGUGGUCCUUGCGGACCACCCCCAAAACAGCUACCGGGGAGUCACCCUACAGCCUCUCGUAUGGGACCGAGGCCGUCCUUCCCCCCGAGGUAGUAUUCCCCACCCCUCGAGUAGAAGAGUAUCAAGAGACCACAUCGGACCAGGGGCUGCGCGCCGGCCUGGACCUGAUCGAAGAGCGGCACGCCGGCGCACACCGGAGGGAGCUUUCUUACAAAAGAGCAGUUGCCCGGGUGUACAACCGCAGGGUACGACCUCGGCCCAUUAAAAUGAACGACUUAGUCCUGCGAAGGGCCGAAGUUAGCAACCCGACCAGGGCCGGGGGCAAGCUGGCCCCCAACUGGGAAGGACCUUAUCGGAUCAUCGAGGUAGUCCAACCGGGCACAUACAAGCUCGCGACAAUGGACGGGUCCCGCUUGCCGAGAACAUGGAACGUCCGAAACCUUAAAAGAUUUUUUUAG